AUGAUUUCAAAACGGAUUUUUGAUAUCAAGAGGCGAAAUCAGCAAAAAGUGACAACGCAUAGGAUGGAAUCUCGUGAGGGAUUGCCAUCGGAACAGCAGAACACUAAUAUUCCAGUUCCAAGGAAGCGAGGGCGUCCAAAAGGCUCGAAAAACUCGAAAAAGAGGGACUCCUUCGAUACUUUGCAGUUUUCAUUAAAUCAACAUUACACGGCAGACGCCCCGAGGAAGUCAUCUCGUUCUCACGCGACAACCUCUAUGGUCGAAUAUGCCAGUGAUGAUGAAAAUGGAGACUUUAAUCCACUAAAUCCUGUGCGAAAAGGUAUAUAUAUUGAAGAUGUUGUUGCAGGUCCGCCACUUGGACAGGGAGAAGCAUAUAUAUGCAAAAUGCCUUCAAAAUCUUAUCUUCAUUUACAGCAAUUAAACAGCUCCGAUAUUUCAGCAACAAAAGCACAAAAUCCGUACAGCAAAUAUCAAAAAUGCGUAAGUAGAAUGUUUGAAGUUACGUUUCCCUCUAUCAAGGGCUUCACAGAACCAGUAAAUAAGUUACUAGACCCCAAUGUUUUCAUUGCUGAACGAAUAGUCACGCAUCAAUGCGAUGAAGAAUUAGUUCAUGUUGUUGAGCAGCACAUUGAUAUGAGCCAUUAUCUUCCUGGUCUUCCUAUUGAUAAUUCAACCGAUCUACAGGAAUUUCUCAGAUUUCAGAAGCCUUUACAAAACAUCAUGGAUGCUGAUGAUCCGUUCGUUGGCCCGGAUGGUGCUUUUAUACUUGAGCCAAGAUUAAAUAAUGAAAUACAGGAAGAAGUCAAUGAUUCCCAAGAAAAUCCCGAAUCAGAUGAUACUCCUCCACCUAAAACAAAGUUCUUGAUCAAGUGGAGAGGCUUACCUCUAUCACAGGCCACUUGGGAAACUCCGGAAACUUUAUUUGCUGGGCCAAUCUGUCCAGGCAACUACGAUGAGAUAAAGGAAAUGAUCAGGCAGUAUUGGCAUAGACUUAGACAUCAGGAUACUGAAAAAGAAAUCAAAUCUGACGACGCAACAAAAAUAAUUCCUCCAAUUCGAGGUUAUCCGCUUUCCAAACAACAACAAACAGCCGUUAAAAAAUUACUUACAUCGCAUUUACACGCGCAAUACUUAACUUUAGUUUGUCCAGAAGAAUCUGGUCGAACUGUAAUUAUCUCGACAUUUUUACAGACCAUGCGUUUCGCAUUCCAUCACAAAAAACCAGCAAUGAUUGUCUGCCAUCCUCUCGUGCUCCCAAUUUGGAAAAAUACGCUCAGAAUGAUGACAAAUCUACAUUACGCAACUUUACAAGCUUCAGAUAGAGACCGAUCACUUCACAAACAAUACGAAGUGUCCGGAGACUCAGUUUCGAAGUUCGACGUCUUAAUCGCGUCGAGUUUCAUCGUAGAAGCCGAAGCACAGUUCGUAACAGGCCUUGGAUUCGAGACAAUCAUAUUAGAUAUGAGGAAAGGUAUUCCUCCGAGGAUUCUCGCGCUGAUUGAAGGAGAUCAUCAUAUUAUUUACAUAAAUGACGUCGAAAUCGAAACAAUUCCUCAUAUCAAAGUCGAACCAACACAUUUCAGAUAUACAGAGCGUCUUAUUAUGGACGAAAACCUUACAAAACCCGUAUUAAAUACUUUCAUAACAGAUUUACUCAAAAACAAACAAUCCUCGCAGUCGGUUGAACCCGUCGCUGCCGAUUUGUUCCACCUUUCCCUAUUAAUGAUGGACCACGUAACGCUUUCUCCGCAAAUGAACGAAAUAGCAAACAGAAUCUUUCGUUCUAAGCAUUCUAUUGGCAAAAGACAGUUCUCUGCCCAAGAAAACAUCGAAUUUCUCGCAGAAUAUUCAUCAAAAUUUACAAGAUUAUUAAAUCUUACUCGAGAAAACGGUUUACAGAUAAUUGUUGCCAAUGAUUAUAGCGUAUUACGUAUUAUUAGACAAUUCCUCGGUUACCACGGUAUCUUUUCCGUAUGGAUUAACUCAAAUUUGAUUGAAGAACAGCCAUCUCUUGUUACUGUUCCUACAACAGGCGUAGCGUUGAUGAUUCGAAGUGAGUAUUCAAGUAUCCUUGCACAGAUGAGGCCAACAAGGGUGAUUUUCUAUAAUAUUGCUCCGAAUUUGAAAAUUGAUGUGGAACUUGUUCAUUAUUUCAUGAGAAAUGACAGUCCACCAGAGAUUGUAAGACUUUUGACAAAGGAUUCAAUCGAAACUAUCCUCUAUUCUCAGUUUUUACGCGUUCAAGAUCUAGAUAUCAGUUUGCUUCAGCAAUUAGACUACGAGAUACUCCUGCGAGCUAUUACAUUAACAUCCAAGCCAGCAAGACAGACUCCAGAAGACCUUCCUUCCGAAAUUUCCUUCGAAAUCCCAUCCGAACAAGCGACCAUUUACGAUAAAAUUGACAGGGUCUUUGAUUACGUAAAAAAGUGCAGCAAUUAUUGGGAGGAUAUCUUCCCUUCUCCAAGCGGACAGCCACUUAAGCAGUGCGCAUGGGCACAGCAAGAGGCACAGCAGCUGUUAGAAGGCAUGUUUACAAUGAAAUCUGGAAAUUGGCAACAAUUUUCCUCAAAUUUCAACUAUCCUUUAGAAGAAAUCAAAGAAAUCGGACAUGCAAUAACACUUCACCACAUGACAAGACUCUUAGAAGAGGAUUUCGUCAACUAUUCCGUAUCAAUUGCAGCAUUUCAGAUUGAAUACUUCAAUAAACCAUACGAAGCACCUGUAGCAUCACCUAAAACAUACUGGAAUGAUAUUGCAAUGCGAGAUACGACAUAUCCAGCCUCCCUUUUCGUAAUGAAAGGAAUGCAAAAGAUUUUUGCCAACGCUACGAGGCUUUUUUCAGUACAACAACGCUGUAUCUUUAUUAGGGCGUUCAUGUACAUCAAUCCGGAACCAACAAUUCCAGCACGAUGCCGUUCAAUUCAGUUUGAUAAUCCAGAAUACCUCUAUAAGAUCUUAAACGCGUUCUUGGAAGGUGCCACGACCUCUCCAAACCUCAUGCAGAAGAUCCCCGGCUUCACACAACAGGAUUUCGACACAGUUUUCAAAGCGAUUUACCCACAAAUCAAAUGUGAAGUACUUAUGUACGUAACAAGGAUGGUAGAAGAAGGUGCUCGUGACACAGACAUUACAGAGCUUCGUCCUAUUCUUUCAUCCAUCAUUUCCGGACCAUUUUAUUUUGGAUGGACCGACCAAAACAUACUAGACAUCAUCAGAAGCAUGUCAUUAUUCGGCAUACCUGUUCUAGAGAACACGAAUACUCCAGAUUACCCGCUUUUCAUGGCAAUGUCCGGAAUAACCGGCAGAUCUCUUGAUUCAAUCAACACAUUCAUGGAAACGUUCUACACCAUUUUGAUUGCAGCCCAUUCCUCCAAGGAGAUCCUCAUUAUUCCGGAAUCCCUCUCCCUUCUCAAGCCAAUGCCCGUAAUUGUCAAAGGAAAAGAAGUUUGCCAGCCACUGACGAUAGCCUUUGAAAUAAUCGACCGAACAAUUAGGUCCAUCGACAUGAUCGGUUUCGCCAGAAAAACUUCCAAAGAAGGAUUCGACAGAUUUUGUUCACAGCCGUUUCUUCCUCAUGGCUGGGACAAAGAAUGUGAUGCAGCUCUCUUGGAAGGAAUAGUUCAGUACGGUCUGGACGCAAGAGGCCAAAUGGCAAUUAUUCCUUUCAAAAAGCCACGUGUCACUUUUUACGAUUGUAUGAUGAGACGGUCAUUGAGUGAAUUCAAGGAAUUCAUGAGCAUGGACAAUGUUGGUAAGCGCUUGAGUUUCUUGAUUCUUAAUUCUACGAGGAUUCCAAGAAGAAUUUCGUUCUGGGAUGGUGGAAUUAAGCAUAUUUCAUUCAGAAUACAGCCAAGGAAUGAAUGGGAGAGAGACAUGAAAGCCCUUGAAGUAGAGUACAACCACGAGUACUUGAUCAGACACAAACAGGACUUCCUAGUUGAAAAUCCGCAGUUUAGAGAGUACUUGGAAGAGAAAGAAAAAGAAAAGAAGAGAAUAAAAGAGGAGAAAAACGUGGAAAAAGUCAAAGUCAAUCCAAAGAAGAAGACAUCGAAACAGAUCUAUAGAGGUUUAUCGCCACCACCUCAAAAGAAAUCUUAUAGAUCAAACCCGUCUUCAACUGCAACUGAAAAUAAUUCUGAAACUCCUCAAAAAUCUGAAAAAGUGACAGAGGGAACUUCCCUCCCUAGCGAUGAAACACAAUCAUCGGAAAACCCUACACCACAUAAGCCCACGUUGAAACUGAAGCUUCCCAAGCAAAACAAAAAGCCACGUAUACUAAUUAGGACCGAAUCUGCCCAAGAAACAACAGAAAAAACUGAAGAUAAAACAGAAGAAAGUCCUAAAAAGAGAAGAAUCAUAUUAACAGCCAAGCCAAAGAAGAAGAAACUUAAUUUGACAACAAGUAACUUAGAAGUACAGCAACAAACAGAACAAGAAACGAAACAAAAACCAAAGAAAAGCAUUGUAUAUGUAGAUGCACAAGAUAUGCCAAGUACUGACUCUUCUGAUGAAGAUUCCGAAGAAACGAAACAAAAGAAUAAGAAAUCCCUCAAAAAGAAUAAGAAACACGCAAAAGAUUUCUUACAAGAGAUGAAUAAAAGGGCAAAUACGAAUCUUAGAGAAAGAAAACCAAUAGAAUACAACGACAUGGAUGAGGAUGAAGAAAUAAAGACUCCACCAAGAAUUACGUUGAAGAGAAGAGCUGAAAAGAAAUCACAGAGAGGAGAAGAUACUCCUUCUGACCAAGAUGACGGACAAUGGAAGAAUUGA